AUGAGGAAAAGAGCAGAAAAGCAAAAAAAAAAAAAAAGAAGAAGAGGAUGGUUAUGUUGUGCGGGUGAAGAUUACGAAAAAGUUGAACCACAAGAAGAUUCAGCAGAAGAAGUUGGAGAACAACGAAUAAAUGAAUAUGGUGAUAUAUUACCAUCUUUAAAAGCUAGUAUUAAAAAUUCAGCAGUUAACUUUUAUGAUACCGUAAAGGAUGGUGAAUAUUUGGAUGAUGAUUCAUCAGAUGCUCUUUAUACAGAGGAAGAUUUGUUGUUUGAUUUGGAAAAACAGAAAUAUGCUGAUAUGUUAUCUGCAUCUGAAGAAGAAUCUGUUGAUGAAAAUGAGGAAGAAGGAUCUGUUAAUGAAAAUGAGGAAGAAGAAUCUGUUGAUGAAAAUGAGGAAGAAGAAUCUGUUGAUGAAAAUGAGGAAGAAGAAUCUGUUCAUGUAAAUGUAGAAGAACAAACUGUAGAUGAAAGGGUAGAAGAACAAACUGUAGAUGAAAGGGUAGAAGAACAAACUGUAGAUGAAAAAGAACAAACUGUAGGUGAAAGUGUAGAAGAACAAACUGUAGGUGAAAGUGUAGAAGAACAAACUGUAGAUGAAAGUCAAGUACAAGAAGAAAUAUCUACUAUUCAAGAAAAUAUAGAAGCUGUUAGUGAAGUUCAACAAGAUUCAGAAGUAGCUCCAACGAUUGAAAUACCCGAUACAUUAUAUUAUGAUGUAUUAGGUGUUGGUGUUAAUGCAGAUAUGAAUGAAAUUUCUGAAAGUUAUUUUAAAUUAGCAAAACAAUAUUAUCCACCAAGAUAUUCAAUUAAUGAAGGAAUGUUAAAAUUUAAACAAAUAAAUGAAGCAUAUCAAGUAUUGGGAGACAUUGAUAAAAGGAAAAUGUAUAAUAAAUUUGGAUAUGAUGGAAUAAAGGGAGUUAACUUCAUUCACCCAACCAUAUAUUAUAUGUUAUCUAGCUUAGAAAAAUUUGCUUAUUAUACAGGAUCACCUAAAAUUGUAACCCUUCUGAAAUUCUUUCUUGAAAAGAAAUUAACAUUAGAUGACAUAGAUACAAAAUCUGAAUUUAUAUCAAAAAUAAUGGAAGAAUAUCAAAAGGAGAGAGAACGUUUCAUAUCUGAAAAUUUAAUAUCUAGAUUGCAACCAUAUAUAGAUAGUAAUAGUAAUUGGGAUAUACAAAUUAAGGAUCAAAUAUAUGGAUUAAUGGGUUCUCCAUUUGAUAUAGCAAUUAUUGAUUCUAUAGGAUGG